AUGAAAUCUCUUUCUACGUUGUGCCCUGAUUUAGGGGAAAAAAAGUUAAGGAAGAGGUUAGACGCUGCGUCAAGGAUGAAUGUGGUCAAAAUCAAUGAUGUCGAGUUUAAUGUUCUGGAUGGUGAUUUGAACGGUCUGGUGCACUUGCAAAACCGUAGUUGUACAUGCAGGAAGUUUGACUUGGAGCAACUCCCGUGCAAGCACGCUAUUGCUGUAUGUCGGCACUUGAAAUUGAACCCCUACUCCUUUGCCUCUUCUUAUUAUACACGUGCUACAUGGGAAGCUGCGUAUGCUGAAUCUAUUUAUCAUGUACCACCUGAAGGCACAUGGGUUAUUCCCGAAAAUUUGAAGAAGGUCAAAAUCCUUCCUCCUUUUUGUAAGUUUAUGCCUGGCCGUCGCAAAACACAAAGAAUAGCUUCUAAAGGAGAGGAGUCCCGUCAAAAAAAAAGCUCAAGGUGUGGUGUGAAGGGCCACUACCGAAGUACAUGCAAACAAUCUGUCCCUCUCACCAACAAGCAGCACGUUGCGUAG